CUGAGCCCAAGUGGACAGCUGCAGCCAUUUCUCUGUCCCUCACCCGAAUAAUAAGAAAACAUGCACGGAGCUUCGUUUUCUCUCUAUGAAGAGCCGGACGUCCGGGAGUGGCCGCGUCGGCAUCGCGGCCGCGGGCUGUAAGUGAUCAACAACCGCGCUCUUUCCAAAACUUUCUCUCAAUUCAACGCCUGCGCAGACAAAACGAGCCGGAAAAACAUGGAGGGACAUCUGCGAGCAGGCGGCUCCGAGGUCGCGGGGAUGCACGUGAAAACCGAGGAGGUGGAUGAAAGCCCGUCUGCUCUGGUGCUGGGCAGCCGGGAGUCGCCUGCGCCCUGCGGAGAAGCCGCCUGCAGAGGAGGAGGAGGAGGAGGAGGGGGAGGAGGAGGAGCAGGGGAGCAGGCUGCAGAGGAGCUGGAUGAGGAGGAGCUGCAGGCCACCACCACCACCACCACCCCUGUGCUGCUGUAUCCCGUCAGCACAGAUCGGUUCUUCACUACAGCCGCAGAUGGAAAAACAUACCUGAAGAUAGCGCCAGCUGCAGUGAUGCCGUCUGCUUCUUCAGAGAAGACGGUUUCCUCCGGUUCGGAUUUCUCCUCCAAGGCCGUUUUGUGCCUGAUCGAGGCCAUUGGGCGGCGCUGGGGCCUGUACGACACCCGGGAGCGCUCGCAGCUCUUCCAGAGCGUCCAGGAGGAGAUGGCCUCCAAGGGACACAUCCUUCCAGUGGAAAAAAUCCGGCGCAAGUGGAACAAUCUCAUUGUCACGUACAAGAGAGUUAAAGACCGCAGCCGAGAGACAGGACACGCCAAGACGUCCUGGGAGUUCUUUGAUCUGAUGGAGGCCACUCUCUCGGACACUAUCGGCACACAGAUCAUCAAUAACAAAAGACAUAAAGGUGGCAGCACAUUUUCUCCGCUGUCUGGUCCGAUGGCAAAGAUCGCUGCGAAGCCGCUUCCACAACCGGCCACCAUCAUUCGUCCCAGUGGUGACUUUGCCUCAGCAGGCGGUCUGGAGUCUGUGGGGAUGGCCGCCGGCCAGAUCAGCAGCUGUGCUGCCAGUUCCUCGCUGAGCGCAGCCACCAUCAGCCCCAUAAACGCUCCAGAGCUCAAGCCUCUCAUCCUCCUCAAUGGCGACACCAGCAUUCAGUCAGCCUCCAUCGUUCCAACUCCGACUUAUAUUUCCUCACCUUGUUUUACAGAAACAGCUUCUACUUCUCCUUCUCUUGGCUCGGCGAGCAGCACCGACCUCAGUUCGUCAGGCUGCCCGAGCCGUAAAGGGUCGUCCUUUACAUCAGGCGUCAUACCUUUUCGGCUUAGCACAGCACCCCUCAGCCACAGUCAGAAUGUCCUCGGGCUGUCUUCGUUCCAGCCGACUUCCUCCUGCCUCCCUUCUACUAUUGCCACCUCGUUACCUGCGGCAACCAUGCCAGGGGCCGAAGGGCAGAACCAGAAAGGGAGCAAAGAGCAAAGCAGCUUUCCUCUGUUUGAGGAGAUCCUGAAGCGGCAGGAGGAGCAGGCCUACCUGGAUCGAGUGGCCCGGCGCAGGGUUGAAGCCAGAGAGAAGAGGCGCGAGAGGAGGGAGGUGCGGAUGUCCGAGUCCCUCGGAAGGAUAGCCACGGCUAUGGAGCUGCUCUCCUCCAAACAGGACACAAUCAUUGCUCUUCUCCAGAGACUGGCCGAUCGGAAGUGAGGCUUUUAAGGCUGGAAAGCAAAUCCACUUGAACAUCGGAUCAUGCUUGUCAAAAUAUGUACCCCCUUUCAGUUCUAAGAUGUAUUUCAAUACGAUUAAAUAAAAAAAAAAUCAUCAGAUCCUUCGCUGGUCUGGAAAAUGAGGUGCAUACAGUCUGAGAUGACCAAAGCAACACAUAACAUAUUACACUGUAUCAUUAAAAAACAAGCCUUCCUGCUUCCAGAGGAAUCAAGAGUUACAGCCACUGACCUUCAUCAGACAUUUUGGCAAUUUGCUGAUGUGAAUCAAUCAAAUGUGGGUGAAUACAAUGCCAAGAAGGACAGACAUCAGCUAUUGGUUUAGAGAAGCAAUUGUUAUUGUUGACAGUCAGCCUCUGAAGGAGUCCAUCAUUAUUUACUAAACAUUCAAGACAGUCUUGCCAAGAGUUAAUCCCAAGUAAUAAUUGGGAAAUAACUAUUUCUAUAUCUCCGACUCGGCGAGCCUCAGUCAGCAUGGUACAUUGAGCAUUCGUGACACUCACAUUAGAAAAGACUGAACAGAGAAGACGUAUGUAGAGGCCUUGCCAGGAGGGAGACGUGUCCCUAACCAGAACACAUCCUCGUGGCUUACGUUAGCGGUGUUCACACCGGUUUGGACAGAGGCCCCAGGGUGGGUCUGUUUAAAGAAAUCUAAACAGCAUAGCGGUACACUUCACGCCACCAGUCAAGCACGGUGGUGGAGGGAUGAUGAUUCAGUAAGUUUGACUACACUGUGUCUAAAUAAUGACUUGGUGGAACAAAGUUCCAGUUUCCACAAGAGCAGGGCGGUCCCUGUCUACUUCCAAGAGCACCUCCUAUCCUUAACGUUAUCUAGGUAACGUUUUACCACACAGCUACAUGCUCUCCUAACUACGCUCACUCUCCAGGUUACCACACUGACUGUGGCUCUGCUCAACAUAAUGUUCAUCUGAGAUCGCUCAACACGUCAAACUUUAGGAUUGAAGAAAGUCAACUCCUGUUUUUAUGAGGCAGUACAUGAUCCUUCAGUACAUACAUGUAAUAGAACAUAA